ACCCAAACCCCUUCUUUCUCUCAUUUUCUAUCUCGUUUUAAAAAACACUUUCCCUCUAUCCGAACAACUGAAAAGAAAGGAAAAUAAAAAAAAAAAGGAAAGAAAGAGAACAUUUUCUUUGCCAUUCUGUAACUAUUUUGGAUGGAGGAUUGCAAGGAAAAGAGAAAGCGAGUCAGUUGUGAUGAAAUCUCGGAGGCCGGCUCGCCCGAGUCGAAGGUCCUCCGGGUGGACCCGUCCGAUUCCGAGUCUGUUCGUGUCGAUUCGGGUGUUGACUCGUCCGAGUCUCAACUCACCCGGGUCAACUCGGGCGAUUCGUUCCUGAACUCGGAGGACUCGGUGCGUGACUCGUCCUGUGGCAUACAAGGGGACCUUCUUAACAUUCUCGAUGAUACGUACAUCGUUCCCGAGCGUGACUCGGCGAUGCAAGGUCUUGACUCCGUGAUAAAGAGCUUCGAGGAGGAGAUUCUCGCCGCGGGUUCGGAUCCGGGUCAAAAUCCGGAGCCCGAGUCUGGUGAGUUGCAACCUAACUUGGGUUACCUUCUAGAAGCAUCCGACGACGAGCUUGGGUUACCGCCGUCUACAGUAGCAACCGAGUCCAAAACCGAUGAACCGGGUCGCGCCGCUUCGGAUGUAGUGGACCUCACCGGUUUCAUGGGUUUGGAAGAUGAUGUCUUCGGAUUUGGAGCCGGGUUUACGACGGAGUGCAGUGGUAGCGAUGGCGGCGCCGGAGGUUUUACGGCGUCGGAUGGUUUGUUUGAGUAUUCGGAUCCAGCGGAUAUUUUGUGGCGUUCGGAGUCCUUACAAGCUAUGUAGGUCGUUUCGUAGGGGAAAGCGUUUCGGUGGGGAAGAAACGUGUAUACCUUGGGAAAUGUUGGGGUUAAUGUGAGAAUAGAAUGGUAAAAAUGGACUGAAUACAAAUGUUUUAGGUGGCAGAUGACUAGAUGUGAAAAAGAUUAGGAUGUAGGUUUAGAUUUAAUGUUGUUUAUUACUAAUUAUUAGUAACUGCUUUUAAAUGGUCUGAUGGAUUCAAUUGAAAGAAGAAAGUGGACCCAAA